GAGAGGGGCUCAUUUGGCAAGACACACCUGACCAAGCAAGAUGUUCUCCUGCAGUAUUCCUACUCCUCAAGACCAUGACCCGAGGAAUCUGCAGGAUGAGGGUUUUUGGCAGCGAUUUCAACGUUGGUUCUUACCUCACCCCCACAACCUCCAGCCCGGUGGCAGGAGGCCCCCAAAGAGGUCCUGGCUGGGAAGAGGCCAGAAGCUGCUCAAUAAGGUGCUGUCCUCCAUCUCCCUCAAGGAGAGACAGGAGCACCAGGCAGCCAGCAGGUGCCAUUGCUGGUCAAAGGCUCAAAAGCAAUCUGAUAAGAUUGUGGUUAAAACAGAUGUUGGGUGGAGGGCCCAGGUGGACAUGGUGCAGAAGCUGGUAGACCGCCUGGUGCCUGCGCUCCUGGGCUUUGAGCCCGACUUUGUGCCCAACUUCCUGAGCAGCUACAGAGCCUUCACCACCCCGCAGCAGGUGCUGGACUUGUUCUUAGCAAGGUUUCCAUGGUUCAAUCCUGCUUCGGAUGGUGUAUUCCUGAACACAGUGAAACAGGCUAUUGCCUCUAUCUUGAACAUCUGGCUGCAGCAAUACCCCCAAGAUUUUAUGCAGCCCCCAAGGUAUUUGACUCUAAAUGUGCUGCUGGAGUAUGUGCAGCUCCACCUGCCUGGGUGCGGCCUUGAAGAGCUUGUCCAGGAUCUGCUGAGGCAGUUGAAGCAGUUGGAGCUCGCUGAGGCAGGACUGCAGGAGGAAAGUCCAGAGUUGGCACCUCCUCCCUGCCAGCUGCAGUUCCGCACCCGGAACACGCAUGCACCGCAGUUCUGGAGAGCUCUGAGGAGCAGGAGCUCACAGCAGCUCCCACUCUGGCUGGAAGCCCGGAGCCCCAGGAAGCUCCCACCACUCCGGCUGUAGCCCACUGCCUGAUCCCGGUCCAGAUCCAGACUCGAGUGCAGUCCCUGUUCUAGUGGGAACUCCAGGGCAGCACAGCCCUGAGGCCACAGGCCAGGAGCUGGAGCUAUUGGCUGCCCCACAGCUGGCCCAGUUCCUGGGCCAGAGCUUGCAGCCCACCUCGUUGCUAGGGAAUUGACUGUAAUCCUGAUG